AUGCAAGGCGGGUGCAGGUGCGGAAACGUGAGCCGCCAUGCCGUCCUCGAGAAUCAUUUUCAGCAGCAACUUGGCUCGCUACAUCGCCACGUUCGUGCACAGAGAUUUAUCUGCUGCGUCCAUCGAGAGCGCUCUCUCAAUAUAGAAGAAGAAGGCACGAUGCAGGUGCGCAGCAAGCAGAUGCAGGUGCGAGAAGGACCCUUGCCAGUUCUCACUGACGUACCCGGCACAGAUCGUGAGCUUGAGUUUCAUGCUCUUUCGCUAGCUUCAUCCCCGCAUCGACUUGGCCUCGAUACCUUCGCCGCGCUGCACGGUUCAAUGUGCGAGGGAGGCUCAAAGUGUCGCAUGGGAGGUCGACUCGACCUUCUCGGCUUGGUCCGUGCCAUUUGGCAAGUCGAAUUGAUCUCUGCAUCCGUCAAAGGCGGGACGGCACGUUGUUUUUUCUGGCAGACAAGCCAGCUUUUCCUGAGAAUUCCCCCUUUCAUACGUCGAUCUUACAUCUCGUUCGAUUAUUCUGAGCUUCUGAUUGCCGAGCCACGGCUGCAGCCAAUCCUGGUCACCGUGCAGCAGUUGUACAUCUUUUGA